ACAUAACUUGGGUGUGUCAGGUAAAAAGAAUUACACAGAUUGCUCAAACCAAUCUUUCUUAAAGUGAACCAUUCCACACCACUUGAUCCCCUGAAGAAGAACCUCUGUCAACACAAUGGCGACAUCACCCCCAUCCAAGAUAUCCAAGGCCAACACCACCUUCGCUCUGGACCUUUUCAAAAAGCUCAGUGAUGCCGACAAGACCGCAAAUAUCUUCUACUCCCCCUUCAGCAUCUCUUCAGCCCUGGCUAUGGUGAUGCUGGGGACCAGGUGCAAAACAUCUGCACAGAUGUCAGAGGUCCUGUGUUUUACUGAGACCCAUAAACCAAAGGAGUUAGGAGCAGAGACAACAUUGCAGUCGCCAAUGCAGUCGCAGAUGCAGACGCGGAUGCAGAUACAGGAGCAGAUGCAGAAGACCAGCAGACUGCCACAGUAUCUGCGCAAGUGCCUGAAGCCUGAGAAAGAUGAAGAUGAGGUCCACGCAGUCUUCUCCAAACUUCUGAGUGAGCUCAUCAAGGACGACGCUCCGUAUGCCCUCAGCCUCGCCAACAGGCUUUACGGGGAGCAGUCCUACCAGUUUGUUGAGUGUUUCUUAGAAGAAACCAAAAAGUACUACAAUGCUGAGCUGGAGUCUGUGGACUUCAAAGCCAGCGCAGAAGCAGUCAGGGUCAACAUCAACAGCUGGGUGGAGGGGCAGACGCAAGGUAAAAUUAAGAAUGUGCUUGCCGAGGGUGUGGUGGAUAACAUGACCGGGUUGGUGCUGGUCAACGCCAUCUACUUCAAAGGGAAAUGGGACAAACAGUUCAAGGAGGGUUCUACUGUUGAUGCUCCGUUUAAAAUGAACAAGAAUGACUCCAAAUCGGUGAAGAUGAUGCAAGAGAAAAGUAAAUUUCUUAUCACCUCCAUUACCGAGUUCAACUGCCAGAUCCUGGAGAUGCCUUAUAAAGGAAAAGACCUCAGCAUGCUCAUCUUCCUGCCCAAUGAGAUCGAGGACGAGACAACGGGCCUUGAGAAGCUGGAGAAGGAGCUGACCUAUGAGAAAUUUGUGGAGUGGACUCGCCCAGACAUGAUGAGUGAAACUGAGGUGGAGGUUAGGCUGCCUCGAUUCAAGAUGGAGGAGUCAUGUGACUUGAAAGACAUCCUGAUCAGCAUGGGCAUGGUGGACGCUUUUGAUGUCACGAUGAGUGACUUUUCAGCCAUGUCCCCAGCAAAUGACCUGGUAGUGUCAAAAGUCGUCCACAAGGCUUUUGUUGAGGUCAACGAGGAGGGAACUGAGGCUGCUGCUGCCACUGCUGUCGUGCUAACAGAACGCGCUUUAUUGGUUCCGCUUACGUUCAUCGCUGACCACCCCUUCCUCUUCUUCAUCCAACACAAUGUCACCAAAAGCGUUCUCUUUGCUGGCCGAUACUGCUCCCCUGAGUGAGCGCUGCUGUAUGUCCUGCAGGCACAAAGACAAGUUACGGGCCCUGCACUCCUCCUACAUAAAUCAAUAAUUUAUAAUACUUUAAAAGCUCAUUAGUUUCUUUUUUAAAUUGCUCUUACCAUGUUUAUGUUAGCAAAAUAAUACACAAAAGCAAAUUCCUGUGUUCCUGGACUAUAUUUUCCAACCAUCCACUAGAUUCGGUCUUUGUCCGUGUUUUUCUUUGACAUCCUGCCCACAUUCUCCUUCUCUGUGAUCCACAUCCUAUUUUCACAUUCCAUUCAUUAUAUUAUUCAUUCAUCUGUCCCAAGUGGAACGUUUUAGCAAUUGUUUCCCACGGUCUUAAUAACACAUGGUCUAAAAUGUCAUUAUUUCUUCUGUCCAUAUAUUGAGUGUAUAUGAAUAAUCUUUUCUUGUAAUUGAGUAUGAAAUAAAAUGGUCUUACUUCUGUCUAUGCAAUCUGAAUGUCUUACAAAUCAUGGCGUUCUCGUCUUUAUCUAGAGAGAAUAUAUCAAUUAUGUAAAGUGUUGUGAGAAGGAAGAAACAGAAUAAAGAGUCUUUUGUCAUA